GUAAAUAUUCUACAUAUAAAAACCACUGAAACGAAGAACUGAACAGUCAUAUUUCAACUAAACAUACAACAGACCACAAGUUUUUAAAAAUAAUAAUAAAAUGGCAAAUUUAUUAAAAAUUAUAGCCUUAAUAGCGGUUGUUUUACCUGGUUGCUUAUGUGUUACGAUUAAGCCACGCAGCAGUUGGGGUGCUGCCCCGGCCCGUUCUCCCGCCCGCAUACGUGGCGCUGUAGACUAUGUUAUCAUACAUCAUUCCGACAAUCCCAAUGGCUGUUCGACGGAAAGUGCUUGCCAAAGAUUGAUUAAGAAUAUACAAACCGAUCAUAAGGGUCGUCGUAAUUUCAGUGAUAUCGGUUAUAAUUUCAUUAUUGCUGGCGAUGGCAAUGUUUAUGAGGGUCGUGGUUGGGGUCUGCAGGGUUCUCAUGCCCCCAACUAUAAUCGCAAUAGUAUUGGCAUUGUAUUUUUGGGUAAUUUUGAAAACACCAAACCUUCAGAUCAAAUGUUGCAAAAUGCUAAAGACCUCAUUGCUCAAGCUGUUAGUGAUGGUUAUUUGAAGGAUGGUUAUACUUUAUUGGGUCAUCGUCAGACUAAGGCUACUUCUUGCCCCGGCACUCAGUUGUAUAAUGAAAUCAAGACUUGGCCUCAUUGGCGUAAUAUUUAAAUUUUAUUAGAAUUUUAGAAUAUUUACUCGUAGUCGUUAAUAAUUAGAACUUAAUUUUACUGUAAACUUUUAACUGUAAAUUCAAUAAUAUUGUUUAAUUAAAUUUAUUAAAAACUUUUAUAUAAAAA